AACCAUAAAGAGAUGGCCAAGGUGAUCUGACCUUCUGUAACAUACCCCUCUUUGUACAUGUACCUUCAGUUUCCUGAAUUAUGAAUAAAUCAAUGAUGAUUUAUGCAUAGUCUUUUUGCAGCAGGUUUUUGGUAGUAUUCCUUUGUAAUUCAAAUAAUAAUUACAAAAUGCAAUGAUUGUACAUUCUUAGAAAACUGUCUUUAAUGUUAUCUUUUGAGAAUGCUUCUAAAUCAGCUGAUGUGGACUGUGAAAGAACUGUUUUAAGACGGAAAUAAAUGACGAGGAAAAGUUGAAUUAUUUUAAAUGCCGUUUAUUUUUUUAUAAUUUUGGAAAUUUGCCGACCAAAAUGUUUCUUAAAGUGCAAAAUGAAACCGAAAAGUCUCAGCACAGUUGUUGAUGAAGGUCUGGUAAAUACACAAUUCUGAUGUUUUUGACUUAAUGUCCGUCAAUUUAGGCUUUUGAGAGCCUUUUAAAUGUAUGUAUCAAACAUGUUUGUUUGGAAAAGUGAACACUAAAAAAAUUAUACACAUGUAGUUCUUGGCCCAUAAUUUUGGGAAUUUACGAAUUUUUAAAAGACAGUGGGCGUGGUGUGAAAAUUGCAAUUUAUUAAAACGUCGCGAGGCCUGCGGCCCAAAUUAGUAAUGAACGAUUUUUGGCUAUUUAUCUCUGGUUGGUUCCCCAGACAAAUAUAAAUCUGUUUACUAUUAUAGCGAAAGGUGAAGUCAUCUACACCUAACGGUGAAAAGCGUUCAGUGACUUGUUGAGACAAGAAUAACUUAGUGCAACGUGUCUUUCACAUAAGGUAGAACCAAAGAUCGUAUGCGGCGCUAUACGAUCUUGGGGUAAAACCAUUUUGUGAAUUAAAUAGCGAGUUCACUAUACUGUGUACGCGCAGGGGUGAAGUGUUUCUUCAUUCGUUAAACAGUCGUCGUGUCAAACCUUUGCGACUGACCUCUCACAAAAGCAAUGAUCCUUUGUCAUCGUGACCUUCCCGAAAACGACUGAGCGAAUCAUUUUUGUUCUGUUGAUUUUGGUAUGGUGUGUACAUGUAUUCUAGCUCUGGUUGUAUGUACAUGUGCAUCUGGAAUGUUCGUGAGCAGGCUUAAUCACGACCCGGCAGUGUGUAGUUUUGAUCUAGUUGUGAGUGCAUGCAUAGGUUCCUUUCAGUGUUGGAGACUAACUUUAGGCUGGUCUCCAUCAAUCAUUUUGGACAAGUUCAUGGCGAGAAUGCUUCAUGUCUAUUAAUCAUUACCACUCUCAUUUGUACGCAUGACCCUCACGUCGAUCAGCAGCGGCCACUGUCACUAGUGUCAGCAGAGAUUGUCAAAAAGCUGACCUCUCGCUGGUCUUGAUUCAAGUUACAGGGAAUUUUGACAAUCGACCGGUAAAUUUUGUGGUAACAUUUAACCUGGACUAUUGACACUAUUGGCUGCCAAAUAAUGCAACAGGUUAAUGAUGCACAGUCAGCCUGUACUCUUAAGAAAUAGUCUGGCAAUCACCCCGUGGUUGUGGUUAUAGGAAGUUAAAGGAAUCAUUCUUUGUAAAAGAACGUUAUUAUCUUUUUAAGGAAAUGCAUUGGCGUAUAUAUAUCAUUUAAAGUAUUUUGAAUACAAAAUGCAUUUUUUUAUAGUGCGUUGCAGAAAUGGCUGAUUCGAAAUCCAAACGUCUAGCGUUAUGGUCCUCCCUACGUUGCCUAUCUACUACCAUGGUGAUGAGCUUUGGUAUCUAUGGUAACGUGGAAGUCGUCAAUGAACUGUACUCAGGUGCUGACGGCUUGGGACCUGAACGCAGGGUAAAGAUUCCUCUGCCGUUUCCUGUGGAGGACGAUAUGUCCUUUGGUGAGGUCAAGGCCCUACUGGAGGCUGACUAUCCAACCAGGGAUCUGGUUUUCCUCAAGGAUCAUGCUAUUGCCGUCUCAGGAAAGUACGAUCAACUCCCCGAGGGCUUCAGCCACGCCUUCCUCAUACGUAACCCGGAAAAGACGGUAAGUUCUGGCAUAAAACUCACGGAGAAAGUGGGCUUCACAGCGGAGCAGUACGCGCAGAUGGCUCGCCUAACUGGUAUGAAGGGAUUCGGUUUCGGGAACCUAGUGGAUUUGGUCGAUCAUCUGGAAUCUUGGCUAGGCAAACCUCCUGUCAUCCUUGACGCCGACGAUCUCCAGCGUGACCCAGAAAAGAUGCUGAGAGCAUUCUGCCAGGCUUUAGAUCUCCCCUUUCGCGAGUCACUGCUCAAGUGGGAUGCUAUCAAGGAUACGGAGAUCCCGUGGCAUACUUCCAAGUCGAUGCUUGCUAUCCACAGGGGUAAUGGGGCUUACGAGAACGCCUUAAAGAGUACAGGCUGGGUCCAAUCCGAACCCAAGCCUGCCGAUAUCAGUGGUUUCCCGAAGGUACUUCUGGACAUCAUUGAGGAGGCACGGCCAUUUUACGAAAUCCUCCAUGCUAGGCGUCUGAAACCAGACAAUUAGUAUACGUAAUUAAAAUCUUAUCUUAUCCACUUAAAUCUUAGAGAAUCAUCAGGCUGCUUGACAUUCAUUGAGAAUUUCAGCUGCUAUCACAGGCAUUUACUUUAAUAAAACAAAAAUAGUCUUUUUUUGUAUACAUGGCAGAAUCCGUUCCAGAGGUUUUCCUCUUUUUUUCAAGGGCCAGACCAGUUCAAGGGCAUUAGACGCCUGCACCAAAAUCGCUGGUGAAGGUUUCGGUUUAUUGACUACCUCGUUGAGGGCGCAAGUAAUAAAACCUCAAAACAAUUAAAGUACAAAUGCAUCGAUCGGGCAGGGUGGGCGGUAAUAAGAAUAGUGCCCAUUGUCAAAUAAGACAAGCAUCGAGUGGAAUAUUAUUGAUCUAGUCAGCGAAUCGCUGGAAAACAAAGCAUGAAAUUGUAAACAUCCGAAACGCGACGUGAUUGGUGGUUUUCGCUCGGCCACUGCCACUCAAUAGCUCCAUAGUAACCAGCUAAACGAUGAUGGUACAUGUAUUGUGAUAGACCUUAAAUUAAUCACUGCAGCAGAAAUUGCGGACACGCGUAUUACAGUUUUCGCUUCUUCAACUUUCAGUGUAAAAAUCCGUCGUGUGGUCGCCUUUUUUCAGCGCGAAAAUGCGGCUCGUGUUAGCUUUGUUCGUGGUUGCAAACGUUGGAUGUGGUCUGGUCGUUGCCUCUAUAUGCCCUCCAAGAUGGCAGCGCUAUGGUACGUCUUGCUAUUUCAUGAUGAUUGAACGAAUGAAUUGGCGUGGCGCUGACCAGACAUGCCGAGAGAUGACCGCCGCUUUGGCCGUUCCUAACUCAGCCGGGGAGCAGGAGUACCUAUGGGAUCUUUUUCUCACUACCUUCGAUCAGAGUCCGGAAGUAAGUCUGUGGAUCGGAUGCAAUGACAUCAAAGAGGAAGGAAAAUGGGACCACUGUCCGUCGAAAGGAGGAAACCACAGUUUGUACGAGAACUGGAAAGCAGGCCAGCCGAACGGUGUGGGCAAUGCGGACUGUGGAGUGAUUGGGGUUCGAUUGAAUGGACAGUGGGAUGACCAGAGCUGUGGAUUGGCCAGGCACGUGGUGUGUGAGCUCCCCAUCAAGGUCAGCGACAGUCCUCAUGCGAAGUUCUGCCCGAUGACCGAAGCAGACGGUAGUCUGUCUCGGAAGUGCUUACUGCGCCACAUUAUGACAGACAUGCCGGUCAGUGGUAUCGUGGAUUGCGGCAAGGCCUGCCUAGCUGAGCCUCGAUGUCGCUCCUUCAAUAUCCUGAAGCGAGGCAGUGAUGGUGGAGAAUGCCAACUCAACAAUGCUACACGUCUUGAAGCAAGAGAAGAGAAUUUGGUUGAAAUUCAGGACUGCCUCUUUUUCGACCUAUAGGUGACGAGUAGGUGUACUCUUACUAGUCUGUUUUGACUGGAUGUCAAGAAAAUUAGAAUAAUGUAUCCAUUCUUCAAGAUUGUAUGAGAAAUAUGGUCACAGAAACGACGUUCUUCAAAUCUUUAAUGUGGAAAAGACUAUACUUUCUGUAUGAUAAGAACUUUCAGAUUAUAGUUGAGUGAAUAGUGAAGACAGUGCACGACCAGGGCACCAUUUUCAGCCUUUUUAUUAUCAAAAUAAGUGUUGUCGUCAUUUUUAAAACUAAAAUAGGCAUAUAAAAAAUCAAUGAGUCUUAUUAGUUAACCUUUAGAGACAUACAUCUUUGAGCGCUUUAUCUUAGAUUAUGGAACACGACUUGUAAAUAAUUUCAAUUAAAUCUUGGAAUAAAACGAAGAUUUGUGUAGUCGAGGAAUUAAAAAAUCAA